AUGCAUCUCAGGCGAGCCCUUCUAGCAUUAUGCUGGACGGCUGUCCCUGCACUCGCUGGACAAGGUGGCGGCAGUUCAAGUCAUAAUGCCGCUUCCGACCUGGAUGAGUAUUGUUUCUACACGAUUUACACCACCUUGUCUGAAUACACCUUUGAGGGAAGCGUGACAGUAUCAAGCUCCUCAGGCCAAGGCUCGACUAGUCAUGGUUCGUCUUCCGAAACAUUGUCUUCCUCAUCUUCUGCAGGGUCAAGUUCAAACAGAACUUCUUCUGCUUCUAAUUCCUCCUCGUCCUCGUCCUCCUCUUCUUCUUCCUCUUCUUCCUCCUCCUCUGGUAUUGCCCAGACGGCGCACGGUGGCUCUCGGCGCAGUGUGAUCAUUGCUAAACGGGGUCAUGGAUCAAGCGGGACGUCUACUGGGCCUUGCAAUAGUACUGUGGAAGUCACUUCUAUGUACGCCAGUGCUAAGGCUUGGUGUUCCAAGAAGGGAUUCGCAGCAGCUAUUCCAUACUGGGAAAGCCUCUGCACUCAGAACAGCCUAACACUUAUGGACCUUUCAUCAAUUGAAGCUAACGUGACCGACGAGUACAUCACCUCUCUGUCCGUUAUUGACCCGGAACAAAAUAGUACAACAAGUACCGGCACUAUCAAAUCCCCUGUUCUUCUCAGUCACUCUUAUUAUAACCGAGCUUACAAGUCUUAUGUGACGCACGACUAUGCUAUCUCCAAAGAUAAAACCUUCGGAUGGGGCAUCAUGGGAUACUGGGGAGGUGUGCUGCUGCUUGGUAUGAUCUCAAAGGCUUGGACGGUCCUGCAAAAAGGCCCCCAGAAGAAAAGUCUCCUGGAGAGCCUGUGCCAUCGCUUCCGUACACAUGUCAUCAUUCCGGCGACCUUUGCUCCAUUGUCAUCCAAGCAUCAGCAGCUUUGGUACUCGCACGCUCUUCCUAAGAGAGUCGACACUCUGAUUGUGUUGGGCUUCUGGGCUACGACUAUCAUUCUUAGCUGCGUGCAAUAUGACAGCUUCACCGGGAACAUCCAGACUCCGAGUCUCUGGCAACAAAACUGGCAGUACACUUCUGAUCGCACCGGUAUUCUCUCCUAUGCCUGCUUGCCAUUCCUAUGGCUUUUCAGUGGCCGGAACAACGUUUUCCUCUGGGCAACCAACUUUAGUACCCAGUCCUUUAUCACAUUCCACCGUCAUGUCGCAUGGGCUUGUACCAUCCUUGCCGUUGUGCAUUCUAUCAACUACAGUGUGGUAUUUGCCGUAUACGUAUCCAGGCACACAAGUUUCGAUGGUCGCGAGUGGGUUGGAUAUCUAUGGUCACCGGUCGCAUUGUGGAUUCUUGAUCGCCUUGCGCGCCUUUUCCGUCUGGUUUACUGCAAUUUGAACGUUCGAUUUGGAAAGCAGUUCCUGUCGGGGACAUCUUCCACGGUCAUCUACGAUGCAGAGAGUGAUCUGAUCACCAUCGAAAUGAUCCCUGGAAAGCUCACCGAGAAGCCGAGGCCAGGCCAGCACUACUUCAUUUACCAAGGAGGUGUGCUGAAAUUCUGGGAGAACCAUCCUUUCUCAUUGGGUGCUUGGGUACCCAGCUCAGAAGCGAAAACCGAAGGGUUUUCUAUAGCAGAGAAGAAUCAGAACAAGCUGAUUUUCUACGUCCGGCCCUAUGAUGGCUGGACCCGUCGUCUUCGGGAUCAAUGUCGCCAAGCAAAUGGUAUCAUUUAUCCGACGCUUCGCCUUGAAGGACCAUACGGACACACUGAGCCACUGCACCAUUUUGAUACCAAUUUGAUUGUUGUCGGAGGUACAGGUAUUGCAGCAGCGGUACCCUACCUCCUCGAUCAUCUGGAGGGAUCCCGGAAGGGUGGACGCAAGACUUUGAGAAUCCACCUCGUUUGGUCAAUUCGUCAAAGAUCCAUGUUCGAUCAAGUUUUCACGGACGAAAUGGCAGCAAUCCUGCAACACAAAGACAUCACGACCUCUGUCUACUGCACCAAGCUUGACACGAUCUCAUCCGAAUCCGACCUGGAUGAUUGUGCGCUUUCCAAGAAAUCUGCUCCAGAGGUCACAAGUACGGGAGUCAGCUCCCCUGCUUCGAAUGGUGGGCUGCUUUUCAUGCCUGGUCGUCCUAACAUACAUGAACUAGUCAUGAACGAGGUGACGGAAGCCCGGAAUAGCUCGUCAAGUAUUGGUGUCUUGACUUGUGGACCGGCUCAAAUGGCCGACCAGUGCCGGACAGCUGUCUAUGAGGCCAUGAAGCAAGGUUUUCAUGAGAUUGAUUAUUUUGAAGAAGCAUUCGGAUGGUGA